AUGAACCCAGCAAAGAUACUCGUUCAUCUCGUAACUCUUACUCUAUUCUCAAUCUCCAUCUCGAUUUCUAAAUCACAUCGGAAAUGUACAGCAACAUUAAACUCAGCUGCCUAUGGAAAUUCUUGGGAAAAACCAAAUGUGAAAUGGAAAAGUCCUAAGCAUGCUACAGAAGGAAUCGUAGAUGCAACCGUAGAAGGAAGAAUCAAAGCACCGACUGAUCUAGGUGGAACGACCAAAAGUCAUAUUUGCUAUGCUCAAACUAGGGUUAACUUGACUGAUUGUAGUAUGGUUUUGGGAACUAAUACGACAGGUUGGAAUCCCAAAACCAAACUUAUCAAUGUCCUUCAUUCCGGAAUGCGAGAUGGCUUUAUAACGUGUAUCAGAAGGAUAGCUUUUAGAGAAUCAGAUUUUGUUACCUUUAAAGCUCUCAUCUUUUAUCCUUCAAUUCCGGUAGUCUGUGAAAGGAUUCAAUACUAUAGCUCGAACUUUCCAUUACAGUUGCGAUGUAAAGUUUGUGCAGUGCCCUUGCGCAAGACUAACUUGAAGGAGGAGAGACGUGCUCCAAGCACGAAGUCUCCAAAGACCGUAAGGAGAGUUGGCCCAAGGAGAAAGAGAGCUAUUCCACUGAGCUUAACUUCAGAUUGGUGCGAUGAUUAG